UUACAAAUUGUUUAUUGUUAUGGAUUAUUGCUCUUUUUAGGAAUGCUAUAAAAUGUUCUUAUGAUUUUAAAAUGUACAUUUAUUGCUAAACCAUACAUGUAAAAGCACUUAAAAGAUUGUAAUUCGGCAUUUUGAUGUUUAGCAUGUUUAGGUGUGUCAGUGAUAACUUGAUAAGCUUAUCAGUGCCGGUUAUCGAGUUGCUCAGUGCAGACGUGUUUAUUUUUUAACAAAAUUUCAUUAUUUAGAAAUAAUGGCAGAGCCUGGCACCAGUGGAAAUGUUAAUAGAAAAGUCGCGUUAAUCACCGGUAUAACCGGACAGGAUGGAUCUUAUUUAACUGAAUUCUUAAUUGAAAAAGGCUAUGAGGUCCAUGGAAUUCUUCGGCGGUCAUCCUCAUUUAAUACCGGUCGUAUUCAACAUUUGUAUGGACAACCAGCCUGUCACACCGGCGGUAAAAUGCAUCUCCACUAUGGAGACCUCACAGACACAACAUGUCUUAUAAGCAUUAUAACUAAGAUAAGACCAAAGGAAAUAUAUAACUUGGGGGCUCAAUCCCACGUUAAGGUGUCGUUCGAGUUGAGUGAAUAUACAGCUCAAGUAGACGCUCUGGGUACCCUUAGACUGCUGGAAGCGGUGCGAACUGCUGGAUUAGAGAAGGAAACUAGGAUAUACCAGGCUUCCACCUCGGAACUAUACGGGAAAGUAUUAGAAGUUCCCCAGAACGAGAAAACGCCGUUCUAUCCAAGGUCGCCUUAUGCGUGUGCUAAGCUCUACGGUCACUGGAUAGUAGUGAACUAUAGGGAGGCGUACGGGAUGUUCGCGUGUAACGGCUUACUCUUCAACCAUGAGAGCCCGAGGCGGGGGGAGAACUUCGUAACGAGAAAAAUAACCCGCGGAGUGGCCAAGAUACAGCUGGGAUUGAUGUCGCAUCUGGAAAUGGGCAAUUUGGAUAGCAAAAGAGAUUGGGGACAUGCCAAGGAUUAUGUAGAGGCUAUGUGGCUGAUACUGCAGCAGGAUGAGCCUGAAGACUUCGUGGUUGCCUCCGGGGAGGCUCACAGUGUGAGGGAAUUCAUAGAGAAGGCUUUCGCGUGUGUGGGGAGAGGGGUGGUGUGGAGGGGGGAGGGGGUGCACGAAACUGGUCACGAUAAACAUACGGACCAACUACUCGUUAAGGUCAACCCAAAAUAUUUCAGACCCACGGAAGUGGAUCUUCUUCUAGGUGACGCGUCAAAAGCCAAACAGAAAUUAGGUUGGACCAACAAAACCACCUUCGAAGAGCUGGUCAAAGAUAUGGUGGAGGCCGAUCUUGAACUCAUGAAGAAAAACCCCGAGGCAUAAAUUUUUAUAUUCUAAGAGUGAUAAUGAACGGUGCACUGUAUUUUGCACCUUAUAUAAUUUAAUAAUAACAGCUAUUUAAUUUACCUAGCAUUUACUUUUAUAUAUAAAUUUGCCGCCAGUGUUAUGAAUAAUAGUCACAGAUAUGCUAGCUAUGUAUAUAUAUAUGUAUAUAGAUAUAUAUAAAGUAACUAUAUAGUUUAUAAUUACAUAUGAUCAUUUAAAAUAUUAGCCAGUUUAAAUUAUCAUACUUUUAAAUUAAAUCACAUUCAUCACAAUUAAAUGCAAGCACAAACAUUAUUAUUAUUAUUUAAGUCACGAAAACUACAUACUUAGAACUUAAUUAUUUUUUUUUGCCAAAAUAUUUUUUUUAAACCACAUAAACUAAGUGUUGUAACAGGUAUGUGGAACAGAAACAAAAAGUUUGCAAAUAACUAUAAUUAAAUGUACAACACAGAUGACAUUGUUGUUAAUUAUCUUCAGAUAUAAUCCGAAUUACUUAUAUUAUCACAUUAUGAUGUAUAAAACGUGUUACUUUGAUAAUGUAAGUUUAAUUAUUAUAUAUUAGAAAUAUAUUCUUAAUAUUUUGUUUAGAAAACUAAGACUUGUUUUUUUUUUUAAGAAACCAGUAUUGAUUUUAAAGCUGUUACACAUUAAGAUAAAAUAAAUGUAUGGAAAUGUC